CAUCUACAACAUCCACACCACCGUUCGUCUCAACAACGACAACAAGCGCAUCCGGCAUUCUACGUAGUGUACUUCCCUGCCUCGUCGAUACUCCUCUCGCACUCUCGGAGCAUAUCCCGAUUCCCCGGGCGGAGGAGGCGCGAGGAACAAAAGGAGGAAGUAUGUACGACUGGUCAGACAAGAAGGACGAGUGCUACCGGCUGUAUGUGGAGGAGGGCAAGGCGCUGGAGGAAGUAGCUGCGUAUUUCAGGGAGAAGGGGUUUGAGCCUAGCACGAGAGCCUUUCAGGCGCACUUCAAGCAAUGGGGAUUCCAAAAGUAUCAACCGGCCCACAAGAACGAGGCCCUCGUGGCCCGCUGCAGGCAGCUCUGGGAGAAGAAUUUUACCCAAAAGGAGAUCCUGGAGACAUUGCAAGGCGAGGGAUUCCGCAUCACCGACAAGGAAUUACUGCGGUUGAGGAGAAGACUCAACAUGUACCUACGUCAGAGGAAGAGGAAGCGGAAGGCUGCCUCCACACAGGACGACAGCGAAGGUGACGAGGACGAGGAAGAGGACGGGGAGGGGGAAGAAGAGGCAGCGGUGUCAGGUGCAGCACCGGCCCUCAGUUACGAAGCAGAUGGUGCAGAAGAAGUGUUUCGUGGAACCAUGAUGCACAGGCAGGUGACCGUCGCAGUCGAAUCAUCCUUUGUAUCCGCGCGACGCCGACGCAGAACGAACCAUGGAGCGGACCCUCCCGCCAACGUACCUGGAGAGCCUAUACGGUAUCCCUCGGAGACCACGCUUGACGAAAGCAAAGCCUACCUCCAUCUCGACAAUGACCUAUAUGCCGAAGUCCGGGGACAAUUCAAAACGAUAUGCGAAGAGGAAGGCGUAAGCAGGAAGAGUACUGCCGGCCCCGAGAAAUGGGGCCAGGUCAAGGGCCGUCUCGUGCGCGAGCAUCCGCAUCUACGCUACGUCUUCCAGCAAGAUCCGGAUGCGAUUGCGCAAAUCGGCGCGAGCCCUACGCCAACAAACGCCAGAGCGCUGGCAUUAGACAUCAUCUGCAUGGACGUGGUGAAGUUGCUGCGCAUCCAAAGCACCCGCUUGACCAUCGCGGAUGCGAGAAACGCGCUGGGGCUGAACCCGGAGGAAGCACGCAAAGUCAGGAGCGCGUUCCUCGCCAUCCUGAAAGCCAACAAUUUUACCAACCAGUACGAGACUGGCCUCGACUUCUUCAAUUCCCUCAAACAGUCUUGGAUUCGGGGCUCGGCUCUCUCGCGGGCUCUUUCCGAUGGCGACGAUGAGGCGACACAGAAGCGGAAGAUGAAGGCGAUUGAUGCUCUCACACGAGAUGCUCUGAAGCGUUACCGCGCCGACCGAGGUCAGAAAGACCCCAGCUUGAAGAGCCCAGCGCAUACGGGAAUUGGACCCGGACCCGCACCCAAGCGGCCGAAGAAGGCUGGAUCCGCACCUCGCGCCCAAGGGCAGACUGUCCCUAAUGGGGAUACUGCAUCCCACGGCGCCGAGCACGCAGGGGGACCGUCAAAUAACGGCCCUUCGGAGUUCCAGAUCGACCCCUCUCUCAUCCUAGCAGCUAGCGACCCGUCGAUGUUACCGGAAACCGGGCACUUCGACCUGCCACCCAUCGACAGUCAUUUCGACGACGCCACAUAUUCCCACCCCCAGCAACAGCCGUAUUCGCUCCCGCUGCCCAUCUAUCUCCGCCUCCAUCUCCAUUCCCAGCGAACGGCCGUUGGGAAGUCGAUAUGGCUCAGCAUCUUCCAGUCUGGCAUCAUCAAUGAGCUACGCGCAAUCGCCACCAGGGAGCAUCCGGGAACCGUUCUGCGUAGACUGGAAGGCGUGAUUGCGCAUAAGGUUCCGGGGAGUCGGGACUUGGAGGUCACGGUGCCUAUUGAUGAGCAGGAGGAGCUGGAGGCGUACUUGAGACAUGUGGUGGGUGGGGCUGGCAGUGGGAAAGCAACGUUUGUCGUUUGGCUUGGGGGUCUCUAGUAGGACGAGACAAGAUGGUGCGGGCAGGAAAUGAGGUAGACCAAAGCAAAGCAUUGGGAUCAGGCAACUCCUAGUAUUGCCCAAUCCCUCGUAAUCACACAAGUACAAACCCUGGCACGAUCGUCAUCGGUAUCAUUAGGGGGCACGACACCCACAUCCGCC